UAUAUAAAGGGCUUUCUUGCAUCGUUUUUGGUUGCGACCCAGCCCUCUUAAACAGUUUCCCAGUGUGUGUGAUUUGAACAGAAUCAAUUUUUUUUUCCGAGGGUUGGGGAGGUGAGGAUUCCUUUGCGCUUUUAGAGAGAGAUCCAUCCUCUGCUUCAAAUACUGUGUUUCCCACCUGUGUGCCGCCACAUUAGCCUGUAAAUUAAUAUAUCCCUCUCUCCUCUCUCUCUCUCUCUCUCUCUCGCUCUCUUCAUUCAAAUCCCUACUUGUAGAUCCGCCUUCCUGUGUUUUAGUUGCUUUGUUUGCUCUCUUUUGCUGUUUUCCUGUCCAAAUUUGGUUUUCUCGACGCGGAUUUUUGGUGGUUCUCUAAUAGAUUGGAAAUUCGAUGGACAAGAAGAAGGUGGUUGUUCCCUUGGUUUGCCAUGGCCAUUCGAGGCCCGUGGUUGAUUUGUUUUACAGUCCUGUAACGCCCGAUGGCUAUUUCCUCAUUAGUGCUAGCAAGGAUUCUAGUCCUAUGCUGAGAAAUGGAGAGACUGGGGAUUGGAUUGGAACUUUUGAAGGGCAUAAGGGUGCUGUUUGGAGUUGUUGCCUGGAUAGUAAUGCACUGCGUGCUGCAUCAGGUUCAGCUGAUUUUACUGCAAAACUUUGGGAUGCUUUAACUGGUGAUGAAUUGCACUCCUUCGAACACAAGCACAUUGUUCGUGCAUGUGCAUUCUCUGAGGAUACAAAGCUUCUUCUCACUGGAGGGAUGGAGAAAGUACUUCGUAUUUUUGAUUUGAAUCACCCUGAGGCACCCCCAAGAGAAGUUGAUAAUUCACCUGGUUCGAUUAGAACUGUGGCAUGGCUUCAUAGCGACCAGACAAUAUUAAGUUCUUGUACAGAUAUUGGUGGUGUGAGGUUAUGGGACGUCAGAAGUGCGAAAAUUGUGCGCACGCUUGACACAAAAUCACCUGUCACAAGUGCAGAGGUAAGUCAAGAUGGCCGUUAUAUUACAACUGCGGAUGGAUGCACUGUUAAAUUCUGGGACGCAAACCAUUUUGGACUGGUGAAGAGCUAUACAAUGCCAUGUACUGUGGAAUCAGCCUCACUUGAGCCCAAACUUGGCAACAAGUUUGUUGCAGGGGGUGAAGACAUGUGGGUUCGGCUUUUUGAUUUCCAUACUGGUGAAGAGAUUGCGUGUAACAAGGGUCACCAUGGGCCUGUGCAUUGUGUAAGGUUCUCUCCAUUGGGUGACUCUUAUGCAUCAGGUUCAGAGGAUGGAACCAUUCGGAUAUGGCAAACUCAACCUACAACUGGUUCUGAUGAAAGUGAAGCCCUCCCUGCAAACGGGCCAAGUGCCAAGAUAAAGGUGGUAGCCGAAGAUGUGGUGCACAAGAUUGAGGGUUUCCACAUUGCCUCGAAUGUUGUUGAUGAGGACAAAGGAGACAAACCCUCCAUGUGAUUUAUUGUGGUUCUUGUUUCUUUGUUUGCUGUAAACUUAUGCGGGUUUCUUUUCUUUUACCUUAUUUUUCUUUGAACAAGCUUAUAAUUUUAUUUUUGUAAUUGGGUUUUGAUUUGAGCAUGGUGGUUAUAGGAUAUGAUUUUGUCUUAUUUUAUUGUUUUCUCUUUUCUUGACCAGGGUUGACUCUGGGUAUGUUUCAUGUAAAAACGUUGUUGAGACAUUUUGGUUUAUAACGUCUUGUGAAUUAUCCUUUCCCCUGG